AAUGGUCUAAUACGGGAUACGUGCUAAGCGUCUGUGGGAGCCUCGCAAACUUUAGCGUCCGACAGUGUAACGCUGUACCCGGUGUGUUGCGCUGGGAUCCUGCAGUCCGGAAUCAAGUGCAUCAUGGGUAGGAAAUUAGACCCGCUGAGGAAGGUGCCUCGUGGCCCAGGCCGUAAAGCAAGGAAGCAGCAUGGGGCAGAAAAUGAGCUAAAGAACAUCCUGCAAGAGGACACAGAAGCAAAGCGCAUGUCCAGCCGCGGCAGGAAGAGGGCACUAAAAAGGCGCAUGUUACAGGAGCAAAAAGCAGCAGCCAAACCCCCAGCAAAGAGCAAUGCCAAUGCAAAGCUCAAAAUAGGCGAAAAGAAAGUCCUGCCGGGAUUUACUGAUGACAAUGCAGAAUGGCUGAAGCCUGUGAAAAGAGCUCGCAAGGAAGAAGAUGAGGAAAGCGAAGAUGAUAGUGAGGAGGAUAAUGAAGAAGAAGAAGAGGGGGAUGAAAUGGAGGAGGUAGAGAAUGGGAUGGAGGAGGAGGUAGAUGAAGAAAUGGAAGAGAAGAGUGAUGAGAGGGAAGAUGCAGAAGAGGAAAGUGAAGAUGAGGAUGGUGAUGAUGAGGAGGAGGAGGAUGGUGAUGAGGAGGAGGAUGGUGAUGGUGAGUUUGGCGAAUCCCUCUCCCUGUCAGACAGCGAUGAUCUUCAGGAUGAUUAUGGAACCUCGUCAGGGGAUGAGAAGGAUCUUCUUCCAAUAGAGCGGGCAUCCAAGAAGGAGAAAAAAAAACAAAAAAGUGAAGAAGCUCUGACAGGAGAAGAGAGCACCAUUCAGUUGAAUGUAGAUUCCGAAGAACUAUUUCAGCUUCCAACUGAAGAAGAGUUGGAAAAGGAGCUCUCAACUGCCCCAGAUCUUGUCACAGUGCAGGAGCGCAUUAAGGAUAUAGUAGGAGUUCUGCAGAAUUUCGCACAGCGCGGGGGAGGUCGGACGCGGCAGGAGUACCUCAAAGUGCUCAAGAAAGAUCUCGCUACCUACUACAGUUACGGAGAUUACAUGAUUGAGACGCUCAGUGAACUUUUCCCUGUGUCGGAGCUAGUAGAUUUCCUUGAGGCUUGUGAAGUUCAGCGACCGAUAACAAUCAGGACCAACACUUUAAAGACAAGAAGACGUGACCUUGCUCAGGCUCUCAUUAACCGCAGUGUAAAUUUGGAUCCCUUGGGUAAAUGGUCAAAAACUGGACUUGUUAUUUACGACUCUUCCGUGCCAAUUGGUGCCACCCCUGAGUACUUAGCCGGACAUUACAUGCUGCAAGGUGCGUCUAGUCUUUUACCAGUCAUCGCGCUGGCUCCUCAGGAGAAUGAGCGGGUGUUGGAUAUGUGUUGCGCACCUGGCGGCAAGACCAGCUACAUGGCUCAGCUGAUGAAGAACACAGGUAUAGUCGUGGCCAAUGAUAUGAAUGCAGACCGACUGCGCAGUGUUGUGGGCAAUCUUCACCGGCUGGGGGUGACAAACUGCAUCAUCAGCAAUUAUGAUGGGCGGCAGAUAUCCAAGGUGUUAGGGGGCUUUGACAGAGUGCUCCUUGAUGCUCCGUGCAGUGGUACCGGGAUUAUCAGCAAGGAUCCUGCCGUUAAAACAAAUAAGAGUGUACAGGAUGUCCAGCGUUGUGCCCACAUACAGAAGGAACUGAUUCUCAGUGCUAUUGAUGCUCUGGAUGCCCAGUCACAGACUGGCGGGUUUAUGGUGUAUUGUACCUGCUCCAUAACGGUGGAGGAAAAUGAAUGUGUAGUGGAUUAUGCUUUAAAGAAGAGAAAUGUCAAACUUGUCCCAACAGGACUGGAUUUUGGAAAGGAAGGUUUUGUCAGGUUCAAGGAACGGCGAUUUCACCCAUCGCUGCGGCAGGCACGAAGAUUUUACCCACACACUCACAAUAUGGACGGCUUUUUCAUUGCAAAGCUGCGCAAGUUCUCCAACACCAUCCCCAAGCCAAAUAAAGAUGAAGAGACUGAGACCCCCAGCCCAGAUCAGCUGAAUGAGGACAAAGCCACAAAGCAGAAAGCUACAAAGAGGAAAGCUCCAGAGGAGAAUGAUGUGAAGGACAACACAGCGAAGAAGGAAGGGGGGAAUGAGAAGAUGCCAAAGAAGAAAGGGGGGAAUGAGAAGACGCCAAAGAAAGGGGGGAAUGUGAAGGCGCCAAAGAAGAAAGGGGGAAAUGAGAAGGCAGCAAAGGAAAAAGGGGCAAAUGAGAAGGAACCAGAGAAGAAAGCUCAGAAAAAGAAAGUUGCAAUAAAGAAAGCUCAUAUGAAGAAAGCUGUGAAGGUGACUGGCAAUAAAAAUAAGAAGAAAGUAGCAUCAAAGAAGAAAAAGAUGUUCAAAAAGAAAACGAAUAAAUAACUUUUUCCGCAUGACAUUGACCAUCUGUUGCCCUGUGACUCAGCCUGCCUGCUGCUCCUCCAUAGAACUUCAGAAUGUUCUGCAAACUGAAAGGUGGUUGGGAGCAUCUUGAAUGUGGCCUUGAGCCUGGCCACCCUCAGAGUCUGUGGGGUUCUGUGGGAGAAUCAGCAGAAAUAAUAGACAUUCUGGCACUGGCCCAUCUUUAUUUUCCUGCAUAUUCCAUGCAGGGCUACUGUUAUGUAAACUCUUAUGAUGAUGUAUAGUGUCUUGGGUCUCACACCUCCAGACUUCUGUUUCCAACCAAGGCAGCCGCCAGCCCUGUAAACAUAUUGGUUCUGUUUUAUAAAAAUAGAAAAAAAAAA